GUCUUCCUAUUGACGAUUUUUCGAGGUCGAAGAUGGAUGCAACCGCCGCCGAGCUUGUGGAUGAGAAGAACCUGGCAGAUUCUAUUAUCAAGGGCACUUAGACAGGUGUUGCACGCAGAGUGGGGGGGAGUGAAAAAAGAUGUGGGCUGCAGUAGCAAUUCUCGCGGAUGCGUUGACUAUAAGUGGUACCUCGUUUCGUUGAGAGGGACUGAAAUGCCGAGAUUGUUGAACAGUUUAUUUUUUUUGCAGGACAGGAUUUCCUUGAUCAUUAAGUUUAGGGUAGUAGAACAUAGUUGCGGAAGCCCAAGACGAGCUUUGUGAGAUUCGAUGUUCCGUUGGCGACUUGGCGUUGCCAKAAGUUUUUUCUGCUUGUUAUUCUGUGGAUAACGUAGUUCUGAACUCCGUUGUCUCCUUGCAACUUGUCGGCGAAUGUUGUGCAUUCUUUCCACAGAAUAUUCUUUGGCAUGUUUUGUGAAGAAGAGCAUACUCACGUCUGCACUCUCUCUCUCU